GGCGGCGGGAGCGCUGCAGGAUGGGGAGGAGGCGCCGGAGGAGGAGGAGGCGGUACGGCAGCGGGGUACGGUCCGCCUAGGCCGGUGUCUGGCCCCGGUCCGGCGCCGCCCUUCUACUCGGGGUCCGGCGGGGGAGGCGGAACCCCUGCCUUCCCCGGCCCUGGUCCCGCGGGUCCGCCUCCCGCCGCUGCUCCCCCCCCGCCCCCCAACGUGGUGCUGGUCAACCGGCGGCAGCAGGGCAACCCCGUGCUGAAGCACAUCCGCAACGUGCGCUGGCAGUUCGCGGACAUCGUGCCGGACUACCAGCUGGGGCAGAACACGGCGGCGCUGUUCCUCAGCCUCAGGUACCACCUGCUGCACCCCGACUACGUCCUGCACCGCAUCCGCGAGCAGCAGCGCCUGUUCCGCCUGACGGUGCUGCUGCUGCACGUGGACGUGGAGGACGUGGUGAAGCCGCUGGGGGAGGUGACGCGCGCGGCGGUGUUUGGGGACUGCACGCUGGUGUGCGCAUGGAGCCCGGAGGAGUGCGCCCGCUGGUUGGAGACCUACAAGAGCUACGAGAGCAAGCCCGCCUCCGCCAUCCAGGAGCGAGUGGAGCCCGACUACGCCUCCCGCCUGGCAGCCGUGCUGGCGGGCAGCGUGCGCGGCGUCAACCGCACCGACGCGCACUCGCUGGGUACGGCGUUCGGCAGCCUGGCAGCCAUGAUGCGAUGCAAGGACCCGGAGGCGUUCUCGGCGUGCCCGGGCAUAGGGCCCACAAAGGUUCGACGGCUGAUGGAGGCCUUCCAUGAGCCCUUCCGCAAGCAGCUCAAGAUGACCGGGCUGGGGGCAGCUGCGGCGGCGGGAGCAGUGGGAGGGACAGCGGCUGGCGCUCAAGCGGCCGCGGCAGCGCCUGCAGCCGCAACAGGUGCCGGCGGGGGCAACGGUGUUGGUGGGGGCGCAGCAGGAGCAGGAGCGGCUCCAUCUGGGUCGGCUCCAAGCCAUGCGACAGCAGGCGGCGCAGCAACAGGAACGGGAGCAGCAGGAGGGAGUGGCAGAGUGGACGUGGGGUCAGGGAUAGCAGGACAGGCGCAGGGGCAAGGCCUAGGAACAGGGCCCCAGGCGAUGGAUGUGGACGGCAGACUGCAGGAGGGGCCAGCGGUUGUCGAUGUUGACAAUGGCACGGAAGCCACAGGUGUUGGGGAGGGGUAUCGAGCCGGUGUGCCAGGUCAGGAACAGCAGCAGCAGGAGGGGGUGCAUGGCGGGGUGGAGGCGCGGCGGCAGCUGUUAGAAAUGCUCAUGUCGCAGAUGCCUGCUGGGGACGAUGAUGAAUCGGAUGCAGACGACGGGUAGUGAGAGCGUGUGCGGUGUACGGCUUUCAGGUUAUGGGGCAGGAUGGGUUACGAAUGGUAAAUGUGUACAUAUUGCAAGUGCAUGGGCUGGGCCGCUGAGUGUUGGUGUGAGUGUGGCGCUGGCACUGUUAAAGUAUACAUGUCAUGAUCAUCCCUUAGCAACUAGCGGGCUGGUAAGUACGGGCGGACAUGCAUGUGGAGGUUGUGCAUAGGAGGGUUGUGUGCACCUGUGUCAGCUGGGAAAAUGCAGUCGCCAGGAGGAGAGUGCCGUCAUGGGGGCGGGGCAGUCCUGAUGCAUGUGCUGACAUCUGUGGGGUACUGCGUGUGGGGCGGAGACACCUUACAUCAUUCGGAACCUUGUCUUUGUUCGCACCUCAACACUGGCUUUGGACGUCUACCGAAGAUGAUGGACCGGCGGGCGGGGAGAGGCUCCAGCAGUGUGCUGUGGCAGGCGGGCCAGCAGCAGUCGCAGGUAGGGGGCUGCAAGAGGGAUGGCUGCUGCGUGUGGCUGCCCUACAAACAUGCAUGGCUGGAUAAUAUGUACAGCCGCCCCUUCCCUUCCUGACCUGGCUGGCAAACACAAGAGA